CCUGCGGGGAGGGGCCGAGCGCGCGCGGGGCGGGCCGGGGCCCGUGGGGCGCGGGGGCGCGCGAGGCGGCCGUGGCGGGGCCGCGCUGAGGAGGCGCCGAGGGGAGGGAGGUCCCUGCGCGCCCGCCGCCCGCCUCCCGCGCCCGCGCCGCCGCCUCCUCCUCGGUGCGGUUCCGCCGGGCGCGAGGAGCCGCCGAGACCUCCGCCUGCGAACAAAGAGGAGGCCGUGCGGGGCGCGGCGCCCGCGGAGCAUGGCGGACCGCAGCCUGGAGGGCAUGGCGCUGCCCCUGGAGGUGCGGGCGCGCCUGGCCGAGCUGGAGCUGGAGCUGUCGGAAGGUGACAUCACACAAAAAGGAUAUGAAAAGAAGAGGUCAAAGUUAAUUGGAGCCUACCUUCCGCAGCCUCCGACAGCGAAUGGAGCUGCGGUGGUUCGGUGUAGACUGCAGCACAGUGAAGGAGCGCCGAGGAGAACAUUCCGCUCUGCCCACAUCGGGGUGUGCGACGUCCGAGAAGCCGCGGCUCGGGAGCGGGUGGCCAGCACCGCAGGGAACCGGCCUCUGUUUUACUUUCGUUUCGGGGUGGACCAAGCUUUGCCGCAAGAACGCCGGGCUCCUGUCACUCCUUCUUCCGCCUCUCGCUACCACCGCCGACGGUCUUCAGGGUCACGAGAUGAGCGCUAUCGGUCAGACGUCCACACGGAAGCUGUCCAGGCGGCUCUGGCCAAACACAAAGAGCGGAAGAUGGCAGUGCCUAUGCCUUCCAAACGCAGGUCCCUGGUCGUGCAGACCUCGAUGGACGCCUACACCCCUCCAGAUACCUCUUCUGGCUCAGAAGACGAAGGCUCAGUGCAGGGGGACUCCCAGGGCACCCCCACCUCCAGCCAGGGCAGCAUCAACAUGGAGCACUGGAUCAGCCAGGCCAUCCACGGCUCCACCACGUCCACCACCUCCUCGUCCUCUACGCAGAGCGGGGGCAGCGGGGCUGCCCACAGGCUGGCGGACGUCAUGGCCCAGACCCACAUAGAAAAUCAUUCUGCACCUCCUGACGUAACCACGUACACCUCAGAGCACUCGAUACAGGUGGAGAGACCGCAGGGUUCCACGGGGUCCCGGACAGCGCCCAAGUACGGCAACGCCGAGCUCAUGGAGACCGGGGAUGGAGUACCAGUAAGUAGCCGGGUGUCAGCAAAAAUCCAGCAGCUUGUCAAUACCCUCAAACGACCGAAACGACCACCUUUACGAGAAUUCUUUGUCGAUGACUUUGAAGAAUUAUUAGAAGUUCAACAACCGGAUCCGAACCAACCAAAGCCGGAGGGGGCCCAGAUGCUGGCCAUGCGCGGAGAGCAGCUGGGCGUGGUCACGAACUGGCCGCCGUCGCUGGAGGCCGCACUGCAGAGGUGGGGCACCAUCUCGCCCAAGGCGCCCUGCCUGACCACCAUGGACACCAACGGGAAGCCCCUCUACAUCCUCACUUACGGCAAGCUGUGGACGAGAAGUAUGAAGGUCGCUUACAGCAUUCUACACAAAUUAGGCACAAAGCAGGAACCCAUGGUCCGGCCUGGAGAUAGGGUGGCACUGGUGUUCCCCAACAAUGAUCCGGCUGCCUUCAUGGCGGCUUUCUACGGCUGCCUGCUGGCCGAGGUGGUCCCCGUGCCUAUCGAGGUGCCGCUCACGAGGAAGGACGCAGGGAGCCAGCAGAUAGGUUUCUUGCUUGGAAGCUGCGGAGUUACUGUAGCCUUGACUAGUGAUGCCUGCCAUAAAGGACUUCCAAAAAGCCCAACGGGAGAGAUCCCACAGUUUAAAGGUUGGCCAAAGCUGCUGUGGUUUGUCACAGAGUCUAAACAUCUCUCCAAACCGCCCCGAGACUGGUUCCCACACAUUAAAGAUGCCAAUAACGACACUGCAUAUAUUGAGUACAAGACGUGUAAGGAUGGCAGUGUGCUGGGUGUGACGGUGACGAGGACUGCGCUGCUGACACACUGCCAGGCCCUGACGCAGGCGUGCGGCUACACGGAAGCUGAAACCAUUGUGAAUGUGCUGGAUUUCAAGAAGGACGUCGGGCUCUGGCAUGGCAUCCUGACAAGCGUCAUGAACAUGAUGCAUGUGAUCAGCAUCCCGUACUCGCUGAUGAAGGUGAACCCUCUCUCCUGGAUCCAGAAGGUCUGCCAGUACAAAGCAAAAGUGGCGUGUGUGAAAUCGAGGGAUAUGCAUUGGGCAUUAGUAGCACACAGAGAUCAGAGAGACAUCAACCUCUCCUCUCUGCGAAUGCUGAUAGUGGCGGACGGCGCGAACCCCUGGUCUAUUUCUUCUUGCGAUGCAUUUCUCAAUGUCUUCCAAAGUAAAGGCCUUCGACAGGAGGUCAUCUGUCCUUGUGCCAGCUCACCAGAGGCCCUCACUGUGGCCAUCCGGAGGCCCACGGAUGACAGUAACCAGCCCCCGGGCCGGGGUGUCCUCUCCAUGCAUGGACUGACCUACGGGGUCAUUCGUGUGGACUCGGAAGAGAAGCUGUCCGUGCUCACCGUGCAGGAUGUCGGCCUCGUGAUGCCUGGAGCCAUCAUGUGUUCAGUGAAGCCAGAUGGGGUUCCUCAGCUGUGCAGAACGGAUGAGAUCGGGGAGCUGUGUGUGUGUGCAGUUGCGACGGGCACGUCCUACUAUGGCCUCUCCGGCAUGACCAAGAACACCUUUGAGGUGUUUCCCAUGACAAGCUCCGGGGCUCCGAUCAGUGAAUACCCAUUCAUAAGGACAGGCCUGCUGGGGUUCGUGGGUCCCGGAGGCCUCGUCUUUGUGGUGGGCAAGAUGGACGGCCUCAUGGUGGUCAGCGGGCGCAGGCACAACGCCGACGACAUCGUGGCCACCGCGCUGGCCGUAGAACCCAUGAAAUUUGUCUACCGGGGAAGGAUAGCCGUGUUCUCGGUGACCGUGCUGCACGACGAGAGGAUCGUGAUCGUGGCUGAGCAGAGGCCUGACUCCACGGAAGAGGACAGUUUCCAGUGGAUGAGCCGUGUGCUGCAGGCGAUUGACAGUAUACAUCAAGUUGGAGUUUAUUGCCUGGCCUUGGUGCCAGCAAACACCCUCCCCAAAACCCCGCUUGGUGGGAUCCAUUUAUCAGAAACAAAACAGCUUUUUCUGGAGGGCUCUCUGCACCCCUGCAAUGUCCUAAUGUGCCCCCACACCUGCGUCACAAACUUGCCUAAGCCUCGACAGAAGCAGCCAGAAAUCGGCCCUGCCUCUGUGAUGGUGGGGAACCUGGUCUCUGGGAAGAGAAUCGCCCAGGCCAGCGGCAGAGACCUGGGUCAGAUCGAAGAUAACGACCAGGCGCGGAAGUUCCUGUUCCUCUCGGAGGUCUUGCAGUGGAGAGCACAGACCACCCCGGACCACGUCCUCUACACGCUGCUCAACUGUCGGGGUGCGAUCGCGAACUCGCUGACCUGCGUGCAGCUGCACAAGAGAGCUGAGAAGAUCGCCGUGAUGCUGAUGGAGAGAGGCCACCUUCAGGACGGCGACCACGUGGCCUUGGUCUACCCCCCAGGAAUAGACCUGAUAGCAGCGUUUUAUGGUUGCCUGUACGCAGGCUGUGUGCCAAUAACCGUCCGUCCCCCGCACCCACAGAACAUCGCGACGACGUUGCCUACUGUCAAGAUGAUUGUGGAGGUGAGUCGCUCUGCCUGUCUGAUGACGACACAGCUGAUCUGUAAGUUGCUGCGGUCCAGGGAGGCGGCGGCGGCUGUGGACGUCAGGACGUGGCCCCUCAUCCUGGACACAGAUGAUUUGCCAAAGAAGCGGCCUGCCCAGAUCUGCAAACCUUGCAACCCAGACACCCUUGCAUAUCUUGACUUCAGCGUGUCCACAACUGGGAUGCUAGCUGGCGUAAAGAUGUCUCACGCAGCCACCAGUGCCUUCUGCCGUUCCAUUAAGCUGCAGUGUGAACUUUACCCCUCUAGAGAAGUGGCCAUCUGCCUGGACCCUUACUGUGGACUGGGAUUUGUCCUCUGGUGCCUCUGCAGUGUGUAUUCUGGGCACCAGUCCAUCCUGAUCCCGCCCUCUGAGCUGGAAACCAACCCCGCCUUGUGGCUUCUUGCCGUGAGUCAGUACAAAGUCCGAGACACGUUUUGCUCCUACUCCGUGAUGGAGCUGUGCACCAAGGGGCUGGGCUCGCAAACAGAGUCCCUCAAGGCGCGAGGGCUGGACUUGUCCCGAGUGAGGACCUGCGUGGUUGUGGCAGAAGAGCGGCCUCGGAUCGCACUCACGCAGUCGUUCUCAAAGCUGUUUAAGGACCUGGGCCUUCACCCGCGGGCCGUCAGCACCUCGUUCGGUUGCAGGGUGAACCUGGCGAUUUGCUUGCAGCCUCACAGGCUGUGGACCCUGGCCGAGCAGGGAACCUCAGGACCUGACCCAACCACUGUCUACGUGGACAUGAGAGCCCUGAGACAUGACAGAGUCCGCUUGGUGGAAAGAGGAUCCCCUCAUAGCCUGCCCCUGAUGGAAUCGGGAAAGAUACUUCCAGGGGUUCGGAUUAUAAUUGCCAACCCAGAAACAAAAGGACCGCUGGGGGACUCACACCUUGGAGAGAUUUGGGUUCACAGUGCCCACAAUGCCAGUGGUUAUUUCACUAUUUACGGAGACGAAUCCCUCCAGUCAGAUCACUUCAACUCAAGACUAAGUUUUGGAGACACCCAGACCAUCUGGGCACGCACAGGCUACUUGGGGUUCCUGCGGAGAACUGAGCUCACAGAUGCAAAUGGAGAGCGCCAUGAUGCCCUCUACGUGGUAGGGGCACUGGACGAAGCCAUGGAGCUGCGGGGCAUGCGGUACCACCCAAUCGACAUUGAGACCUCGGUCAUCAGAGCCCAUAAAAGCGUUACGGAAUGUGCUGUGUUUACCUGGACAAACUUGUUGGUGGUUGUGGUUGAGCUGGAUGGGUCGGAACAAGAAGCCUUGGACCUGGUUCCCUUGGUGACCAACGUGGUCCUGGAGGAGCACUACCUGAUCGUCGGAGUGGUGGUCGUGGUGGACAUCGGCGUCAUCCCCAUCAACUCCCGCGGGGAGAAGCAGCGCAUGCACCUGCGAGACGGGUUUUUGGCAGACCAGCUAGACCCCAUCUAUGUGGCCUACAACAUGUAGUCUCGUCUCUUGGCUUCCAUGGACUUUUCUAGAGAUGUAGACAUUGUUCUCCGUGUCCACUGAAGCGUGCAGACACAGGGCAACACUCACCAGAAUGCAGCCAUUUGUGGUGAGAGUGGAGGAGGAAGAGGAGGAGGAAGAGGACUUCUCACAGCAGCCACGAUUGGCAUGGGGGUGAAAUGUGAAUUUACCACUGAAUUUCGCUCAGAAGGACUUUGGAUUACUGCCUUCAGUUUGUUGGAAAAGCCCAUUUCAAAAACUUUCUUUUCUUUUCUUUCUUUUUUAAUUAUUGGAUAAUAAGUGCUUUCUUCGUAAAUGUGGUAUUUUGUUAAGCCGAAAUAGCAAUUAAAAAAAUAUCCUGCCCUCCAGAUGGGUUCUUUUAAACAAUUUAUGUAGUGUGACAAAGAAUUGUUUUCUCUGUUUUAAUGUGUCAUGAAAUCUUAAUGACAUGGAUCUGUUACUAAUUUAAGCCAUUGCUAGAUCUCAUCCUUUUAGGAAAGUUUGAGGUACGAGAAAACCUUCCAAAUAGCACCUUCCAAUUAGAUAAUAGCAGCUUUCUUUGUCAGAAAUGUGCUGAAGAAACAAAGGCUGAUAUAUGGCCUUCGAAGUUAGUAUAGAAUGAGAAGAAAUUAUAAAUAAGGUGUAUUUCGGCAAUUAUCUUGCAAAUAUCUUUGUACUAAACUAAAAAGAUAAAAUAAGUUAACUUCCUCAAUAUGUAAUUAUGUACAAAACGUUUAAUUUAUUUUGAUCUCUUUAGAACUAUAAAAGAGAAAAACAUUCAAGAAUAUUAAAGUCUUGUAAUGUUUGCUAAUAUAAAAAAGUGUUGUAUUAUCUUGCGUGGAUAGUAUCACAACAAAUAUAUAUAUAUGAAAUAUAAAUUCACUAAUGAACAAAGGAGAUUUUAAAGUUUAAGAUGCAGAACUUGUCACUUGCAUGGUGUGCCCCCCGUACUCACAUACACUCUGCUGUUGCCAGCAGUCACAGACCGCAGGAGCCCUGUCUAAAAGUUUCUUCUAGAACCAGAGACCAGCAAGUGAAAUUAUUGCCAUCUCAAGGAUGGCGAAAGAAUUCAAAGCUCAAUGUGCACUAUUUUUUUCUUUGCUGUGGGACAACAGUGAAUGUGUUUAUGCCAGCGUGUGCUGAUGAUACUGAGGGGCUUUAGGUUGGCAAAUAGCACUGUUUUCUUAGCUGCAAGAAUUCAUUGCACAAUGUUUUUCAUCAUUUUUGUUAAUGUCAUCUUUUUUUGGUCCUUGCUACGAAAAGGAAUGCGAUUCUGUGGUCAUUUGCACUGGGUUGCAUUGAUUCCCCCUCUGAUGGCCAAUGUGGAGUGGACAAAGUGUCCGGAACUCACAUCGGUGAUCGUCCCCUCGUCUCAAGACCCAGCCCGCUCUGUGUGAGCCUCUGGGGCUCCCUUGCUCAGUGAGCACAGUUCCCCGGGGGUUCAUGCCAGAGCUCCGGCUGAAGCAAGAAGUCCUCCAGCUGCGUCGUUUGCCGCCUGUGGACGAGUGCGCCCCAGUUUCUGCCCUGGCAGCUCCUGGCCACACCUUCUCAGAGCUCACCUGUGCACUUCUAAAUUGAAUUGGCCCACGGUGUCCAACCAAGAAGGAGCAUCUGCACUCCGAGAAAGAUGUGUUGUAUAACUGCCGCAGUGUGACCCUGCAGUGGCUCUCGGUGCUAGAUAUGCAUGACUAAGAUUGAUGCUGGGCAAAAUUUACAUGAUCUUUCAUUAUGUUGUGGGCAGCGUCUUUGUCUGCCUUUGCUGUAUGCAGUCAGCAGUAAGCCUUUUGCUAAAAGAGUUUUGUUUGACUUCUGAGAUCCAAGGCUGAUUGUUGUUAUAAAAAAAAAAAAAAAAGUGGCACAUUUAAAAAAAUUUGUCUGCAUAUGUGGUGCAUCCUUCCAUCUCCACAAACCAUUUGAUUCUUGAAAUAUUGUUUGACCUCAUUGCUGUGUGUGAAUAUUUCUCCACAUGCUUCAGAUACACAUUCCUAGUCUCUGCUUCCUAAGGGGGGAACCACCACACAUCGGGGGGAAAAAAAGACAUUUUCCUACACCCACCCACCUUGUUGAAAGGGAAGUAGGUUUGUGGCUUCAGGCCAGACACUGACUAUGAAACAUUAGCUGCAGUGUGCAGGACAGCUUUGAGGUCCAGCUGAAGUCAGGAAGCAAAACAAAUGUAGAUGUCACUUCAAACAUAAUUUCAACUGUCACCAGAUCAACUCUACGUUCAAGGAGUGUGGACGCUGCAGUGCAGUUGUGAGGGCAGUUAGCAGCAGCCUCUUCUGCAUCCUGUCAACUCUGAUUAGUUAGAGUUUAGGCUCAAAAGAGUUGGUGGACUGAGAUCGAAAUUUGGUUGUGCAAGAAAAAGGAAAGGAGACAGUACCACCAGUUUCAGCAAUAAAGAAGGGUCAUUCUGUAUUCGAAAUUGUACUGUAGAUAAAUCAUUCAUGAGAAUGUAAAAAAUGUUUGUCUUGUGACCUUGUGCUUUUGAAGUCAGACAAAACCGUGUAAUCAACUUGCACAAAAAGAGGGUACACAGUGAACAUAUAAACACAGACCUAAUCAAACAGGAGCAGAUUCCUCAUGGUGCUUGUUUAUUAUAUAUAUUUAAUCCUGCUUGACACUUUACCCAAGGGAGAUGGUCCCUUUUAUCAGUUGAAUGUUAGCAGCGUUAUUUCAGAGUGUGGUGACUGGUUAGAGAAAUUCAUGUACUCAACCAGCCACAGUUUCAAACAAAAUUUUUAUGUGCAAAGGACAGCAACCUUCUUGUAUGUUAAACCACCAGUACGCUUUGUACAUCUGUGAUAACGCCUGUUUUAUAUUCAAAUGAACAAAUAAAAGCUUUUAUUUUUGUUGCUCUGAAAA